GUUCGCGAAUGACCCAGCACUAGCAUGACGUUCCAUCAUGGCGCCAUCGUUGGACAGGCAAGGGUUCUGGGGGCGGCCCACUUCGACGCUAGACUGGUGCGAAGAGAACUAUGUCGUCUCAUUCUACAUCGCCGAAUUCUGGAACACGGUCAGCAACCUGAUUAUGAUUCUCCCUCCCAUUUGUGGGGCCAUCCAGACGUUUCACGAUGGCCUUGAGUUUCGGUACAUCUGCUCUUUCCUCGGACUAGCAGCUGUAGGUGUUGGUUCAUGGUGCUUCCACAUGACACUUUUAUAUGAAAUGCAGCUCCUGGAUGAGCUGCCUAUGAUUUAUAGCACGUGUGUCUUUGUCUACUGCCUAUACGAGUGCUUCAAACAAGACAACAGUGUCAGUUUGGUUCCUGUAGCAUUGUUAUUCAUCUUCAGCGUCACCGUCACCGUGGUCUACUUGAUGUGGAAGGAACCAGUGUUUCACCAGGUGAUGUAUGGUGCUUUAGUAGCUUGUCUGGUGCUGCGCUCUGUUUUUAUUGUUACAUGGGUAUACCCGUGGUUGCGGCCUUUGUGCUACACCUCCCUGGGCGUAUUCCUGUUUGGGUUUCUUCUCUGGAACAUUGACAAUAUUUUUUGCGACUCAUUAAGAACCAGUAGACAAACACUGCCCUCUGGUGUCGGGGUCCUAACACAGUUCCACGCCUGGUGGCACAUCUUCACGGGCUUGGGCUCCUACCUGCAUAUACUUCUCAGUUUGCAAAUCAGAUCCACUUACCUCAAGUACAGACCAAAAGUAAAGUUUUUAUGUGGCAUUUGGCCCACUCUGCACAUCGAGCCGCAAAGGACAAGCUGAAAUGAAGUACGGUGACCCAUCAUCAGCUUGAGAACCAGCCAAUGUCCCUUUUUUACCUCUAGGGGGCAGUGUGUAGCCCACAGAACCACAUGCUGUGGAUGUUAUAGCACUGAUACCACUUUUAUUGCAAAUAUAAUUAUAUAUAUCAUUUCAUAGGCUACGUUCACAUGUUUUGUUUAAUUUUUUUUUGCUGGCAUUUGAUUUUUUUUUCAUGUCAUCGUUAACAAUAUUUUUUCCAAAUACCAUUUAGGCCUCGUUUGUAUGUAUGUCGAUAUAAACCCGAUAUUUUUCAGAUUUUUUGCAGUCUGAACGGUCAGGUAGCGUUCUUAGGUGAGUUUUACCAUGAAAGACUGGGAUAGUAGAAAAAAAAAAUACUUCGUAAGAGACGUCACAGUCCUAUACUUGUAGUUGCACAUUACUUACAGACAUAGUGUACACGGCAGAAGUGUAUUAUAAAGUACUCCAUAACAAAACGAGUACAGUAUGCUCAUGUAUCAUCUCCUACCUAUCAUGUCAUUCUUGUUGCACAUUACUUACAGACAUAGUAUUCAAGGCAGAAGGGUAUUAGAAAAGUACUCCAUAAAAAAAAACGUUAAACGCGUAAAAAAAUGGUGUGAACGUAGCCUUACUUUAUAUUAGCUGUGUAAAAUAUUAAUUUCUUCAUUUACUUCUUCAUUUAAGUGAAGUUCUUAAUUCAGUAAUCCGGCCAAUUAUUAGGGGUGUCCCGAAAACAACUUUUUCUGUUCUGAUCCGAUUCCGAUAGCCGAUAUCAGCACAACUCAUUCAUGCUUUUAUGACUUAUUUAGUAGCGUAACGUUUCGGUUUAGUGGUAUUACUCCAACCGUAAAUAACAGUUGGUCAGUACGAUAAGAACUGACUCAUGUCUAGUGUCUAGUUUUAUCAACAAUAGGCGAGACUUGACCUCGAUAUUACUCACCACCGACCGUGGGUGGCCCUUUCCUGUUCUUGUGAGUUUUUCUCACGCUUUGCAAAUGUGUCAAAACAAGUGGCGGACAUAUCAGGAAGUGGCGGUGUUGGGAAAUCGGUGCUGAAACAGGUGAUGACUUUGGUCUUUUUCACUUCCCUGUUCCAUUGUCUUUGUUUAUUCAUUUAUUUUCUACCGCUUUGAUACAGUUUAUAAGUAAUAUGAUUCAAUUUGAUUCUACGGUUAAUGUUUGUUGAUGUAGUUCAAGCAAACAAGUUCACCGAGCUCCCGAUCUCAUUUCAAAUCAUUCAUUCCUUCAUUCAUUUUCUACUGCUUAUCCUCACGAGGGUCGCAGAUGGGUGCUAGAGCCUAUCCCAGCUGUCUUUUUGGCAUGAGAGGCGGGGUACACCUUGGACUGGUGGCCAGCCAACCACAGGGCACAUAUAGACAAACAACCAUUCACACUCACAUUCAUACCUACGGACAAUUUGGAGUCAAAAAUUGUCAAAGAGGUCAACAGUCUUGACACACUAUGUCAUCUUUCAAAGACCACAUUACUAACGGCACUAAAUUCAUCACACAGCAACUUGACACUCAAAUGAUUCAUUCAUACAUUCAUUCAUUUUUGUACCGCUUAUCCUCACGAGGGUCACAGGGGGUGCUGGAGCCUAUCCCAGCUGUCUUUUUGGCAUGAGAGGCGGGGUACACCCUGGACUGGUGGCCAGCCAGCCAAUCACAGGGCACAUAUAGACAAACAACCAUUCACACUCACAUUCAUACCUAUGGACAAUUUGGAGUCAAAAAAAUUGGAGUCAAAAAUGGUCAAAGAGGUCAACAGUCUUGACACACUGUAUCAUCUUUCAAAGAACACAUUACUAACAGCGCUAAAUUCAUCACACAGCAACUUAACACUCAAAUGAUUCAUUCAUACAUUCAUUCAUUUUUGUACCGCUUAUCCUUACGAGGGUCACAGGGGGUGCUGGAGCCUAUCCCAGCUGUCAUUUUGACGUGAGAGGCGGGGUACACCCUGGACUGGUGGCCAGCCAAUCACAGGGCACAUAUAGACAAACAACCAUUCACACUCACAUUCAUACCUUUGGACAAUUUGGAGUUGCUAAUUAACCUAGCAUGUUUUUGGAAUGUGGGAGGAAACCGGAGUACCCGGAGAAAACCCACGCAUGCACGGGGAGAACAUGCAAACUCCACACAGAGAAGGGCGAGGGUGGGAUUGAACUCGGGUCUCCUAGCUGUGAGCUCUGCGCGCUAACCACUCGUCCGCCGUGCAGCCCUCCCAUUGUCUUUAAAAAAAAAUGUCAACAAAAAAAAGACCUCACGCCUACUCCUCGCCAAAAAAUAUUUCUGAAUAUUUUCGAACUGGGACACCCCUAAUAAAUAUCCAAUGUCUCAAUCAUUUCCUGAAGAAGAAUUAAGAUAAUAGCUGAUGUAUUGUUUUACACUUUCAACCGUGUCCUGUCAUUUCAAUCUGGAUGAUAGAAUCAUCUUAUUUGAAUUUUUUUUUAAUUGCCAAACUUGUCCAACCAUCUCCUUUAAGAGACCAAUUCCUGUACUUUUAGACCUAGUAUGUUGUUUAUACGUAUGUGUUUACAUACAUUGAUGCAUCGCAAAUACAUCGCAAAUCGCAUCCCGACCAGGCCUGUCACGAUAAUCCAAACAAUCCAAAACUUGAAUGGUAAAAGGUUAGCAAAGGUUAGCAUGUUAGCAACCCGCCCAACUUGUAUGCACCCCUGAAAAGCUACCAUCGGAGGUGCGGUAAAGCCUUCGUCCCGACGGCCAACGUUGGGUUAGCAAUGUAAAGCUAAACAAAAUGGUGCACGCUCACAGAUGGUGUCGCUCGCUACAAUGCAAAUGAAUGCAACACGGUUAUAUUCCAUACAUUUUCAUAUUAAUAAAAUAUGUAUGGAUAGUAUAAAUUAGCGACUAAUUUGUUGCACAGCAAAAUUUGUUAUCGUGACAGGCCUCGUUGUUGCCAACUUAGCGAUUUUAUUUAGCGAAUAUUCCGACAUCUUUAGAUUCUAUUCUUCAAAAAAAGCCACUGGCUACGAAUAUAGCAAUGAGAUUUAUGUUUUUUUUUGCUAAUAUUUUAUGCAAAUUAGUCGGGGUGUCACAAGAUAUGGCAGAUUUUAACAUUGAUUUCAAGAAAACAAUGCAAAUAUCAAAAUAUUUAUUGAUGCUAAACGACGUUGUCAACAUACUUUUUGAGACCAAAAAAGCCUUUGAUGUUAUGAUAAUAUUUCAUAAUAACGCACAUUCACUCUGUAAGGUUGUGCAAGUCGGCGUCUGUGACGUGUAUUUUCUCACAGGCAAUCCAUGACGUCUGUGAAACGUUUGGAGCAUUUCUUGAAAUGCUGCCUUUUCGAUAAUAUUUCAUAAUAAUGCACAUUCACUCUGUAAGGUUAUGCAGUCGGCAUCUGUGACGUGUAUGUUCUCACAGGAAAUCCAUGUCGUCUGUGAAACGUUUGGAGCAUUUCUUGAAAUGCUGCCUUUUCGAUAAUAUUUCAUAAUAAUGCACAUUCACUCUGUAAGGUUAUGCAGUUGGCGUCUGUGACGUAUAUUUUCUCACAGGCAAUCCAUGACGUCUGUGAAACCUUUGGAGCAUUUCUGGAAAUGCUGCCUUUUCAACUGUUUAAAGAGCAGCAUUUUUUUUUUUUUUGCGGCGUUACGUUUGUAUUUACUUUGCAGUUCAAACGUCGCAUUAAGAAAUCUCGUUUAUCUUGUGACACCCCUACAAAUCAGACCACUACUUGAGUCAUUUCUUUGCCUUGUUAUGCAUGCUACAACCAUUAGGUGGCGUUCAUUUCUACACUCGACAUUGCCAAGCAUGCCAUGUGGCCUACAGUAGAACAUCAACCUUCCUUUGUCCGCGUAUAAUUAUUAGUUUUUAUUUCACCGUCUACGUUGAUGGAAAAGGGAACCCAGGCCUUCAGUGCUGCUGAAUCUUAUUGUGAACGUAAUAACGCUCUUAUUUUGAAAAGUCUCAACCCACUUUCAUAUGUUUGUGCCUGGAAUCGUCGUUCAAGGUCGUGCCUUAUUCAGAGGGUGUGCAGGUUAACCCGCGCUGCCUUCACAUGAAAACGUCUUUUGUGUUGGACAUUACAAGAAAAAAAACAAAACAAAACACUAUUUGUGUUUAUACUGUAUGUCAUACUACUGAUCACAUGUGAUAGUGACAUCAUAUGUCUGAAAAACUACAUUUCCAACUUUAUUCCAGUAUUUCAUGUUUGUGUGUGUGAACUAAUAAAUACAGUAAUUGUCACCUAUUGGUCUAUGUUAACAUGUUUUUCAAGCUAUUGGGGUUAAUUUUUCUUUAGAAGGUCCCUAAACGCGACAUGUUUUUGGUCAUGUCACCCCCCCCCCCCCCCACCCCGCCCCCCUCCAAUUUUAAAUGCUACAGAAACAGAUAGUACAAACUGAAAUCAGGUAACAAAAUGGAGCGCAUACAAGCGUAUUGUAUGUUGAGU